UGGUGCGGAGCCUCCUGCCGCUGCCCGGCGGCCCCUCCGAUGCCCGCUUCAAUCCGUGAGGCGUUAGGUGGCGAGGAGCGCUCGGGGCGGGCGGCGGCAGCCCUCUCUGUGGGCCGGCACCGCGGCGGGAACACAGGGGCGAGCGCAGAAAUACCCGGGAAAGACUCACCCUGUGAAGUGAUCAGACCAGCACUUGAAAAGAGGUGUUUCUGGCAGAUAAGCUCCAUGUCCGUCUCACAUGCCCAGUGUUGUCACACAGCUAAUAAAGAUCCCUGUGGCCCUCUGCUGCCAAGAUGUCCAGUAACAUACCCUCCCAUCUGUGUGUGGAACCCAAGUUCCCUUUGCAUGCCCUUGAUACCCUCAGCCAAAAGGAAUUUCAUUGAUUCAUCCCCAGAGGCUUCCAGUGUCGUGAGGGGAGCUCGUGUGUUGGCAAGGAGAGAAGCUGAUGGCUAUUACUACCUGGGCCACAUUGCCCAAGAGAGCUCCAGGGAACGCUUUUUAAUCGAGUUUGACAAAAGUCACCUUCUGAAAGGCAACAAAGAGUUUCGCACACAGGAAACGCCUCUCUACGACAUCCUCCACUACGAAGAUGCCAGACAACGGCCUCUUGCUCCAGGAGACAGGGUCUUGGCACCAUGGGAGGCUCGAGCUGAGCGGUUUGGCCCGGGCACUGUGCUAAAGGUUAUGGAGAACAAGGAGGCACGUUUAGCACACAAGACAAGGGGAGUCCUUGUGAAUUUCUGGAACGGGCAGACUAAGGAGGUGUCUUCUGACCAAGCUCUGCGGAUUCCUCUGCCUUUAAGCGAACGCAUUAUCCUAGAGCUGCAGAUGCCUUUAGCAGCCAGGCAGAUGGUGGUAGAGUCAAGCUUGGAUUAUCCAUACGUCGUGACGCCUGGUUACAGAGCCUCAGGCCAUUUCAGACUGGGUCACUCAAACCUCCAUCUGUAUUUGCCUCAGCUGUGUGCUAAGUGCAGCUGCAAGUGUAGUUCCCAUCCUGAUUGCUGCCUGGCAGCCUGGGGGCCCACAGGGCUUAAAGGUUGCAAAGGGCAGCAGGAAGAUCCUUUCGUCUCAGGAACAAGCACAAAUAAAGAUGAGCUCAGUGAGAAAAUAGAACAACAACUAUCUGAAGUGAGGAUUUCAUCUUCAGAAAGCGUUUCGUCGGAGGAAAAGGAAGAUGAGAGAUUGGAGACAGAAUGUGUUCCCAAAGAUGUUUGGUCUUGUGUAGAAGAGGAGGAUGAUAAGGUUAUAGAACCUAAGAAGGGUCCUCAGAGGGAGAUGACUCAUGCUGUGUUCGAUGCUGCUGUCAACACAGACAGCUGGUUAAUGGAGACAGUCCACAAUGAAGAAGCAGACAGAAAGCAGCAGGAUGCUGAAAUGGAAGCUGGUGUUAAACACAAACAUGGUCUUUUGGGGUCCAGAGUAGCAGAAGCUCCAAUCCAGCAUUCCCAAAGGAGCCCUUCCCUGGGAACCAGUGCAUUGGUUCCUUUCAGGUGCCAAAGCUUCUUUGCCCAAGUGAAGCGAUCUCUCGAGAAAGACAGCCUGACCAUCAGAUCAGCUCUGCGUGGACAGAGACCACACAGCACCUCCAAUGUGCAGGCCACGAGAUCCACAAAUCUUCUAAAAGACAAAAGCAUUACAAAAUCAGUCCUUGUUGGGAGACCUCAGGAGAGAUGGAAAGAGAUGGACUUCAGCAGAACCAAGACUGAGCACAAAAGGUGGCAAGAGGAACAGAGGCAGCUGAAGAGGGAGCAGCAGCAGGAGGCUGACGGCAUGAGACGCCAGCUGUGCAGGGACACCCAGAGGUAAUCAUACUCUGAAGCCAACUGGGUUCUUCAGUACCUGUCAGAAGGUUGGCAGUGUCUCCUCAGUCAGCUUCUGACAUG